CACACACACACACACACACACGUGAAAUGUGAUGAGUCACCUGACUUCAGUCUAUUUUGCCUUGUCUUAAUUUGUAGACAGUACAACUCUUCCAUCUCUGAAAGAUUUUUAUUUCCCCCAAAGGAUAGCACAUUGUUUAAAACCAUCCUCUGGCUUGGACUGCAGCUCUCUGGAUACAAAAGCAAAAUACCCACUGCAGCCUUGAAGAUCUAAGGGUUUUACUCAUCUCCCGGUCUUUUGUUUUUUUCAAAGCACAUCUCUUUCUCUCGUGAAAGAGAACAUCCAUCCUCUUCUGGCAAUGCUUUCGCAGAAAUGGUUGGGGUUUCUUUAUUUCACUUUCUAUUUGUGGGCAAACGUCUUGUUUCUUCUUCAAGGUUGCUUGGCAUGCAAAUCUGAAGCAAGGCUGUUUCACAAACUCUUCUCUCAUUACAACCACUAUAUCAGACCUGUGGAGAACGUGUCCGAUCCAGUUACAGUAUAUUUUGAAGUGGCAAUUACACAGCUUGCAAAUGUGGAUGAAGUCAAUCAGAUUAUGGAAACCAAUCUAUGGCUACGACAUAUUUGGAAUGACUAUAAACUACGAUGGAAUCCACUGGAAUAUGAUGGGAUUGAGUUUGUCCGGGUGCCAGCAGAUAAAAUUUGGAAACCGGAUAUUGUAUUAUACAAUAAUGCUGUUGGAGAUUUUCAGGUUGAAGGCAGGACCAAAGCUCUUCUCAAAUACGAUGGUACCAUCACUUGGACACCACCUGCCAUCUUUAAAAGCUCCUGCCCCAUGGAUAUUACCUUCUUCCCCUUUGAUCACCAGAACUGUUCGUUAAAAUUUGGAUCAUGGACUUAUGACAAGGCAAAAAUUGACCUUCUAAUUGUCGGUUCCAAAGUGGAUAUGAAUGACUUUUGGGAGAAUAGUGAAUGGGAAAUAAUCGAUGCUUCUGGCUAUAAGCAUGACAUCAAGUACAACUGUUGUGAGGAGAUCUAUACUGAUAUAACCUAUUCAUUUUAUAUCCGAAGGCUACCCAUGUUUUACACCAUUAAUCUGAUUAUCCCUUGUCUGUUCAUUUCAUUCCUGACUGUACUGGUUUUUUACCUUCCUUCUGACUGUGGAGAAAAAGUGACGCUGUGCAUCUCUGUCCUACUUUCUUUGACUGUGUUCCUGUUGGUAAUUACAGAGACAAUUCCCUCUACCUCCCUGGUAAUUCCACUGGUGGGAGAAUACCUGCUGUUCACCAUGAUAUUUGUGACUCUCUCUAUUGUCGUCACUGUGUUCGUACUGAACAUCCACUAUAGGACUCCGAUGACACACACGAUGCCCAGUUGGGUCAAAACAGUUUUCCUCAGUCUCUUGCCCAAAGUUCUGAUGAUGAAGAGACCUGUGCAGAAACACAUUGAAACCAAACCUAAAAAACCCACCAAAGCUGGCCAUGCCAGUAAAUCCAGCAAGCCAAAAGCAAAUGACUCUGGAGAAGUGAAAGGCCACAAUGAGCACAGGUGUUGCCACUGUGACAAACCCAGCGAACCGGCCACUGGUAAAAAAAGGAGACCCAGUCACCAGUCUGCAAAAUGGGCAGCCGAGCAGUUAGAAUAUUCUCCUGAGGUCAAAGAAGUCAUGAACAGUGUUCAGUUCAUUGCAGAAAACAUGAGGAGCCAGAAUGAGACGAAAGAGGUAGAAGAUGACUGGAAAUACGUUGCCAUGGUCAUUGACAGAGUGUUCCUGUGGGUGUUCAUCAUUCUCUGUGUAUUUGGGACUGCAGGAUUAUUCAUGCAGCCAUUGAUAGCAGACACAUAAUGCACCGGUAAUCCAAGUUUGGCUUGAAAUCGAUCACUUCAGGCGCUGCCUCUGCACCCUCACACACUAUCAGUUUUAUAUUCAAGUCAGUCAUCUGGCAACUGAUAACAGAAUGUCAGCUUCACCUUAGGCCAAAUGAGCAGUGCCCUGUCUUCCUUAUUUUCUUGCAAUCUGUUAAGCCAGGGUUUUUCAACCUUCAGAUAACCCUUUCCCCAUUGACUUAACUGCUGAGGGACUCUUCUACAUCUACUAUUAAACCCUGUCUUGUUGCAAAGGAUUCUGGGGCAGGUUUAUGCCCCAGUGUAGAAUAUGCACUGCCUAUUGGGCCUCACCACUGCUUCUUGUGAGCUAAAAGUACACCGUGGAACAUGCCCAGUACUCCUCAGUGGCUGCACAUUGCUUCUCCAUGGUUCCUGUUCUAUUUAUUGAAGAGCUCCUGAUAAGUUUCCAAGAAACACAGCUCAAAAACAACUGUGUUAAGCAAAUCAGGGUCAGCCUGUCCAUGAGGCGAAGUGAGGCAACAGCCUCAGGUAGAGGAUUAGUGGGCAGUAGGGGCCACCAUCUGCCUCUGCUGUCUGCUGCUCACCUCUGCUCAGAAUGGAAUGGAAGAGGAACGCUGAAGAAGAGGAGACUGGUGGCCUGCAACCUCUUUCCUCCACAUUUCUUCUUCAGCUGCAUUCCCAUGUUCUUUUGAAAAUCCAGAAAGUGCAGGAGGAGGAGGAGCAGCAGCAGCAGCAACGGUGGCUCUUUGCACCUAAAGGUAAAGGUAAAGUGUGCUGUCGAAUCAGUGUCGACUCUUGGUGACCACAGAGCCCUGUGGUUGUCUUUGGUAGAAUACAGGAGGGGUUUACCAUUCUCUCCUCCUGCGCAGUACGAGAUGAUGCCUUUCAGCAUCUUCCUAUAUCGCAGCUGCCCGAUAUAGGUGUUUCCCAUAGUCAGAAUACCAGCGGGGAUUCGAACCGGCAACUUCUGGCUUGGUAGUCAAGGCAUUUCCCCACCACGCCAUUAGCUGGCUUCUACACCUACUGGCAUGCUUUUCACCUACGUAAGGGGAAUGACAUUUAGGGCAGUACAGUGCUGCACACUACAAGGUAAGAAGGGACAGGUAACAGAGGCAGCAGAAUUUGGCACCCAGUCUCAAGCACUGGAAGAAGCAAGGAAGAAGCGUUUUUUGGGUUGUUGUUUUUAAGGUCAAAUGGAAGAGAAAAAACAAACAGUGCCAUGUGUUUAGGAGAGGAGAUCCUCAUCAUUUCAUGUUCCCAAACAUCUUACAAGCAGAACCCACAGGACAUGAGCUGUCUUUAUUAGGGCCUAUUUCUUGGGGCUUUUCUGACCUCUAUCCUGGAAGAGAAAACCAUUCAUGAUCAGACAGGGUAGACAGAGAUAAAAUUUUCUCCCUCUCUCACAACACGAGAACCAGGGGCCACCCCAUGAAACUGAAGGUUGGGAAAUUUAGGACCGACAAGAGGAAGUACUUUUUCACACAGUGUAUAAUUAAUCUAUGGAAUCCUUUGCCAUGGGAUGCGGUGAUGGCCACCAGCUUGGAUGGCUUUAAAAGGGACUUAGACAGAUUAAUGGUGGACAGGUCUAUCAAUGGCUACUAGUCUGGUAGCUGUGGGCCAUCUCCAGCAGCCUCAGAGGCACGAUGCCUCUCAAUACCAGUUGUAGGGGAGCAACAGCAUGAGAAAGGGCAUGCACAUACCUCUUGCCUGUGGGCUCCCCAGAGGCAUCUGGUGGGCCACUGUGUGAAACAGGAUGCUGGACUAGAUAGGCCUUGUGCCUGCCAGCAGGGCUGUUCUUAUGAUCUUAUCAGCCGAGGGAAGUCACCCACUGCAAAAAAGUGACACAUUAAUACCAUUCUGAGAAACAUUAAUGAUGUAAUUCCCAGUAGACUUCAGCUCCAGAGCAAAUACCAAUCAUAUCUAUGUUUAUUAACUUUCCUUAAAUAUAUUUUCAUGUGCUUUUUAUGCUUAUUUCAUACACAUUCGACAUUAAUUAUUAAAACAUAAUCUAGUAUCAUGUUGGAUUUGCAUUCUUUUUUUGUUACAGAGGAAAUUUGAAUUUGGUAAUCUUGCUAUGGAUUUCCUGAAUAUCUGUGAUACUGUUACAAAAAUGGAGGGCUCUCCCCAUUUUCCCAGGAGACCUACUUUUUCAUUCAUUCAUUCAUUCCAUUCCAUUUAUAUAUCUCCCAAUCCAGACAGCUCAAGGCAGUUCACAACAAAACAAGUAUUUGUUUAUUUAUAAAUAUUCAAGUUGAAUAUGUUGGACUCAAUCAGACUCCUAAAGCUGGCAGCAUGGCCACUAAUCCUGCAUCAGGCCCCUAAAGAGCAACAACUCUUCAAGGAUGCUUCACCUGCAAUUGGCUACUACAAAUCACAGCUCUCUUGCACUCAGUCACUCUCUAGCCUAACUUAAAAUGGCUUCUUUAUCUGCCAUCAACUCACAUGCAAAAUACUGAUCUCAGAUGACACCCUACAGGUAGAUUGUCCAUUAAGGAAACCUCUCCAGUUAGGAAUAUAAGAAUAUAGCAAGCUGCCAUAUACCGAGCCAGCCCAUUGGUUCAUCUAGCUCGGUAUUGUCUGCACAAACUGGCAGCGGCUUCUCCAAGGUUGCAGGCAUGAGUCUUUCUCAGCCCUAUCUUGGAGGUGCCAGGAAGGAAACUUGGAACCUUCUGCAUGCAAGCCUAAAGAUCAUCUUCCCAGAGCUGCCCCACACCCUGAGGGGAAUAUCUUACAGUGCUCACACAUGUAGCACUCCCAUUCAAAUGCAAACCAGGGUGGGCCCUGCUUAGCAAAGGGGACAAUUCACUAUCAACUGAACACAACUAACUGCUAGCAAGCAAGCAAAAUAUGGUUGCUUCAACAGCUACUGCAUCAUCGUUGUUGGGUUGAGAGGCAGCCUUGUGUUUGAUUGGUGAAUGGCUGGUUUUACCCAUGGAAGAGAUCUCUUUUAUAAGAUAACUAAUGUGAAAUGCUUUGAAAACUCAAAAGUACCAUACAAAUACCUAUUUAUUGUUGUUAUUCUACAUGUUUGGAAGUCCUAGAGGAGAUUGUUGCACAGUACCAACAUCAGGUGUAGCCAAGGGGUAUAAAUAGAGGGCAGGGUUGUGGAUGCCAAUCUCUGCCUAUUUUUGCAAAUUGGAUAAUGUAACACUGGCACUGUGGUUUGCUUGUAUUUGUCUAAGGAAGACUCUUCGCAGGAGAGAAACAUGUCUAUGAAAUAUGUUAAGCAUGCAAAAUAUAUAGAAUGCUAUAUUAUACACACUCAGAAUGACCAUAAUCCAAUACCGUUAGGUAUGCUUAAACCCACAGAAACAAAUGGGCUUAAAUAUGCCUGACUGGUUGCUGGAUUAUGACCAAUACAAUUCUGAACUUUAGUAUUUGCUGAAAUCACAAUGGGCAGCAUCCAGACUAAGUGAGUCAUGAUUACAUCCCAUGGAAAUGAAUGAGACUUAAAUUAGUCAUAAAGAACUUGCCAUUGAUUUCAAUGGUGCUUAGUCAUAACUAAGUAGCCUGGAUGCUGACCAAUAUGUAUUAUUUGGCUUGUAAUAUGUAUGUACCUUUUCCCUAAUCACGCUUUAAAUAGCUUGAAAUAAAAUUCAUAAUUAAUAAAUUUUAAAAGGUAAUUUAAUUAGUUUUAGCUUUAUGCAAAGUGAUUUAAAAUAGUUGUAGAAGUUUCCGUAUUAAGAAUUUAAGGGACCAAUAUUUUUUUCAUGUACAUUGUUACUUCUAUUCAUACACAAAGAGGCCACUGUUCAUUUCAGAUUUUCCCACAUCCCACAAUCUAUCAUUUUCCUCCCCCACCCUCCCACAAAUACAUGCAAAAAUGAAAAACUUCAUUUAAGUGGUACAUACUUGUGGUCAAUUGGUCUGGAGACAUGUCUCCUAAUUUCUUCCUUCUUUAGGAUUACCAACCAAUCAACCAGUAUUUUACCGGCUGGUAAUGCUGGGGUCUGAAAGUUAAUAGUUUCUCCUGUUUCUGCAAGGCUUCUCCCAUGAUCCACCAGAUUGUUUCCGGCUCCAUCCAAGUUUUGCCCUAGCUCUUCCCAGGCCAUAACAAAUUCUGCCCUGGCCUCAUCAGCUUCCGCACUGCCUCACUUUGCCUCUGCCCUUCCUAUUGUUAGCAGGGUUAACGAAUCAGCCAAUCACACAGGGCUAAGAGUUUCUUUUUAAUGCCUUACUGUUGUAAACAACUGCAGACAAUGCUGUGCAAUGAAGUGCUAAGGGUAAAGAGAUCAGGGAAAAGAAGUAAUGAGGCAGGAAAUCUCUAGAAUUCAAACAGAGAACUAGAAUAGAAAACAAUCCUAACGAACGGGUAACUCAUAAAGCGGCAACUAACAGUGGUAGGUUACAGAUCCACCUGCUGGCUGGAGGAGCAAUUUUAUGCUCCUGUGGGACAUAGGAACAAGAACAUAUGAAACUGCCAUAUACUGAGUCAGACCAUUGGUCUAUCUAGCUCAGUAUUGUCUUCACAGACUGGCAAUGGCUUCUCCAAGGUUGCAGGCAGGAAUCUCUCUCAGCCCUAUCUUGGAGAAGCCAGGGAGGGAACUUGAAACCUUCUUCUCUUCCCAGAGCGGCUUCAUCCCCUGAGGGGAAUAUCUUGCAGUGCUCACACAUCAAGUCUCCCAUUCAGAUGCAACCAGGGCAGACCCUGCUUAGCUAUGGGGACAAGUCAUGCUUGCUACCACAAGACCAGCUCUCCUCAACUUGGUUUGUUUUACAUUUCAUUGCUUUCCCAAUAUCAGUUUCUUCUGUCUGCCAACGAACUACCAGUAGCAGGGUGUGCAGUUCAGUCCGAAUUCAGAUCAAAUUCAGACUGGACCAUGGUCUGACUGAACCAGCUCGAACCAGUUCACCACUUUGAGUGCCUGUAAAGGGGAAUCCAGUGAGGAAUCCUUUGCUUCCAAAGGUCAUAAAAGGGGGGGGACGGUAAGAGCAGAGGCGGAGCCACUGUUGUGCAGUUGGGUUCAAAGAACCUGGGCCGGCAAUGAGAAAGGCCGCCGGAGCCCACAGCGGGGCAUGGCUCGGGCUCUGGAGAGCCCCGAGCAAGCUCUCCCCUGCCCACACCUGUAAUGUCAUGCGCAGGAUCCGUCACUAGAGGGGCUGUCGGGCGGUGCCAGACACAAACCACCAUUCAGCUGGCUCUGUGACUGAGUGAGAGGCGCCUUUAAAACAAAAAGACAAGGAGCUUAUUGGCAGGCCUGUGCAGCACUCCCCUCACCCUCUCAGCAGCGGAAGGCAUUCAUGGAGGCCAUUCGUGUGCUGCCGCUUUCAGCUUUAAAGGCUCCCCCCUCUCUCUCACCACUCCCCUGCCUUUGGAAGCAAAGGGGGAUCCUCACCGGAUUCCUCUUUAAUAGGCAUUUGAACCGGUGAGCCAGUCAGAAGACGAAACAGGUUUGGUCUGGUUUCACUGGGGCUGGGCUGGUCCACGAUCAAACCAGUUCAACCGGCCUGGUUUGCUGCACACCGGUUCGAUUGCGGACCGGUUCAGCACACUCCUACAUGCCAAAUUCUGCCUGGUUUGGCAUCACUUCUCAAGCUCCACUGAAGGGGGCAGCCACUUUGAAAUCAAAUAACAACUCUAUUUUCCCUGGCUAUGGCCCAGCCCAUACUUCUUUAUUUUGUUUAUGUAAGGAGAUUGUGAUGGCAUUGUAUCAAGACCCAGACACAUUGUCCAUUUGGGGACUAGCUUUGAACAGUGGCACUAAGGGGCGAAUGUUUAACCCAGUGCUGGUCCAUGACAUAUUGAUGCCUGAACUGACACCAUCUUCCUUUCUCUUUACACACACACACACAUUAUUUCCUUCUUUCAAACUUCUCCCCUUUCCUAAUGGAAAAGAAAAUAAGAGGGCAAGGGGAAAUAGUGUGGUGCCAUUUUGCUUUCCUUGCUCUAUAGGCCAUAUAUGAGGAGGGUAUUGGGUGGGCUGCCAUCUUUGCCCCAAGAACUGGCCUACAGCCUGCUUCAUGGUAGGGCAGGCUCUGCUUUAACCUUUUCCCAGUGCUGUUUUCCCAGUGGGAACUUCCCCCAUCCCCACACUCCUUGAAGCUACUAUUAGCCUCAUGGAGGAAGUGGGGGAAGACCAGUUUCCCUGAUACAAUUUGCGGGUCCCAAUGGCAGUUUUUACGCAUAAACACAGAUAUCAGGAGUCAGGAGAUGUUAAUGUGGGUCCCUGGCUUCAUGUUUAGAUUGUGAGCCCUUUGGGGACAGGGAGCCAUUUUAUUUAUUUAUAUCUAUGUAAACCGAUUUGGGAGCUUUUGUUGAAAAGCGGUAUAUAAAUAUCCGUCGUAUUCAUCGUCAUCAUAUAUGUAGUUUGGCCCUUUGAGCAGUAAUUAGGCUUGUCUGCUUUACAGGCAGUUCAACCACUUUAUGAUCCUGUUUCAAAGUCCUCCUCCUUUUUUGAAAACCAGAUACAAUUUGUUGGUGGCGGACAGGGUGGAAGGAUGUUGUGGGUGUGCACUGUAGCCAAAUUCAACUUCUACUGGGGCAUGGAGAGUUUUGGCGGAGUUUUUUUUAAUGGCAUCUGCAAUGUUGAGAGGAGAAAGUGUAUAUGCAUGGGAAAUAAAGUAAAGGUAAAGUGUGCUGUCAAGCAUGGGAAAUACAAAGGCUGAAAUCUAAACUAAGACAGUGCUGACGCUCCCAGGAAGAGGCAAUUUUUGUUGAUCUCCCCUUCCCUCCACAGCCCACUGAGGGAUAUGGCCCUGAGGGUCACAUGAUGUCAGCCGAAGAUAUCAAGGCACUGAGGAUUAAAAAACAAACGAAAUGUGGCUCCUAAGAAGGGCCUUGCUGGAUCAGCCCAUGGGAUCCUGCCCAUAGAAUUUGCCUAACUCUUUUUAAAGCCUUCUAAGCUAGUGACUAUCUCCUUCUGGCAGUGAAUUCCAUGUAAAUGAUGAGUUGUGUUUAUUCAUUUGUUUAUUUUAAAGGUACUUCUAGGGCCAGAGUUUUAGUCUGGACAUCUCCUAGGCACUAUUUCCCAAACUUUUGGCAGCCAAGGUACGGUCCCCACCCACCCGCAGUUAAUGAGAGCUGGAGACACACUUCAUUCUUGCAACCAAAAAUAUGUACUUGUGUGAUUUAUCCACAAAAACACACCUCCUGUGUUUUGUAUGUGAUCCACUUUUCUAGACAUGUCUCUUAAGUGGAAAGAGGCAAACCCCCAACAGCAUUGUAUUCUGCUCCAUCUCUGCUUUGGAAGUGACUGAAUGAACCAGUCAUCCCCAAUGCAGAAUACAGCAGACUGGUUCAAAUUAACAACCACCAGAACAGUUAAUUAAUCAGAGAUGCAGCAGGCAACUUCCUCUGUGGGUGGGUGCUUUGGGCUCACAGUCACAUGCUAGUACCUUGGAACACAAUUUGGGAAUUACUGCACUGAUGAAAAGAGGGGCAUUUGUGUCAUACGAGCUGUGUACUAUAUGGGAAUGCCACAGGAAUGUCAUUUGUAUAUCAGUAUUUGAAUGGUGUAGUAGUGUAUAUGUUGGCUUUUAACAUAAACUACCCUGUGCACUCAAAAUUAAAUUAUGUACAAGAAAUGUAUGAAUGGGAUUGUUGAAUUAGACUAUUUAUUAAUAAAGGUUCUGU